AUGAAACGCCCUAAUGUCUCUACGAUGAAGUUAACGAAAGAAGAAGAAAUUCUCUUGGAGCAGUACGGCCGCACACCAUCCAAUAAAUCGAAAAAGCUUAUAUACGGAAACGCUCUCUUAGUCGCGUCCGCUCCCAUAUGGCUUUACUGGCGCAUACAUGAAAUGGAUUUCCUUCAGAACGCAAUUCUCUUCGCCUUGUUUACUGCUGUCGUAACUUACCUGAUUUCUUGUGCCUACUCCAAUUCAAAGAGUCCAUUGAUGGAAAGAAUCGCGCUCAUCCGAGCUGAUGCAAUUACUCAGGAAAUCUCCAAACAACUCGGUAAUGACAAGAAGGUUUCCAAGAAGGAAAAGGAUGACCUGAUACAGCAGAAGACCAAAGAUGUUGCUGAUUACGAGUCGACUACCUUCUCUAUCUUCUACAUCAACGCCAUUUUCAUCUUAAUUUUGAUGAUUACAUCGACUAUCCUGCAUCAGCUUUCAAAUUCUAUGAACUACGCACUUUCCAUGCUGAUCGCGUCAGGUUUGACGGUUUUUCUGUCCUCCGCAAAGCAGGUGAAACAACACCGCGCCUAA